CUUUACGUUUACAUUGUUGAUAGCAGAUAGCAGUACACGUUAAAUAAGCACGUGCGUUUGGGAACGAAGAUCCCAAAUCUAUUUUGUGUAACAUAAUAAAUAUAAAGAAAAAAAAAAGAAAAAUGUGCCUGAAUAAAUUAUAUAGAACGUUGUAUUUUAAGAAUAGAAGUGUAUUUAAACGUUUUUACGCAUCUUUUUUUAAUAAAAAUAUUUUCCAAAAAGAGUGUGCAAAUUCAAGUGCUGUUUUUAACGAUGAACAAUGUGGUGAUUUCAGAAAUAUAAAAUCAGAAAAAUUAAGACUAUUUAAUGCUUUGCGACAGAACAUGAUAUCAACUGGAAAGUAUAAGACAUCGGAAGGAAUAUAUAAUUGUGAAUUAGCUGAUUUAAAAUUAAUAAAAGUCAUAAAACCAGAAACUUGGGCCCAACUUUCAAUUUCUGAUAGCCUCAAGAAAUUUACAAUUCUCUCAAAUUAUGCCAUGAAAAAUAAUGAUGAUUUAUCAAGUGAUGAUUAUAGUCAUGUGAUUUUAACUUUAAAAAGAAACCUUGGUAGUUUUAGUGAUGAUGAAUUAUUGACAUUGUUGAGGUGUUUAAAAUCAUGGCCAAAUAUUUCUGAUAUUAGGACUUUAAAUGUUCGUAAUCUUUUAAAAACAAUAGACAAUCAAUUAAUAGGACGCUCAAAAUUAUGGUCUAAUGAAAAAACAUUAUUAUAUUGUGAUGUUAUUUGCAAAUUUUAUAAUUUUUAUUCUAAUUUUGUAACAAUUUCUUUAACAAAGUUAACGUCAGAAUGUUCAAAAUUAAAUUCAACAGAGAUUGUUCAAAUAAUGUGUAUUCUUUUCAUUUAUUCUCUGCCAAAGGUAAAAUUAUCACAAUUGGAAUAUUAUAUUGAAAAGUAUUUCGAUCUUUUUGAAAUUGCAGAGUUGCAAAUAAUUUGUUUAGGCUUCUUUAUAUCUCAAGCAGGAAUUAUGAAUAAAAUUCUUUUACAACAUUUUUUGAGGAAAAUUAUUCACAAUGUAAACGAUUUUAGUGACAAUGAUCUAAGUGCAUUUUUAAAAUUACUCAGAUACAACUUUGUUUCCAAGCCCGAUUUCCUUAAAUUGUAUCAACAAUUGUUUGAAUGUUUAGUUCCAAUAGUUCCACACGUAAACAUUUUAGUUGUGACACAACUUUCACACUUGAAAGCUAGAAGUCUCAUUUAUAAUUCAGUUUUAAUGUCUGCGAUUAUAAAAAGAUUUUCAGAGUGUUUAAACACUUCAAGAAUAAAAGACAUUGAAAGAUUUAUUUUACUUUUAACAACUUUUAAUUACUCUUCACAUGAACCUGUGUACAAAGUAAUUAUCGAAGAACUUAGAAAUUCCAAAAGAAGAAUAGAAAAAAGAAAUUUUCCAAAAGAAUACGGAUUUACUCUGAGACAUUUGAUGCAAGUAAAUAUCUAUCCACUAGAUUUAAUCUCUUAUGUAAUGGGAGAGGAAUAUAAAAAAUUAGGAUACGGACAGGAUUCUCAGAAAAUAGGAAUAGAAAAUUUUGUUUUGGAUCAAAGCUUAAAAAUAGAAUGUCCUGAUUAUAAAGGUCAACAGCUGGACAGCAGUCUUUGUAAAUACAUGUUAAAUAAAUAUAAUAAUAUGGAAAGUGACUAUACUUUUGGAAGUAAGGCCAAUCAACAAAUUAUCCAACUUGUUAAUGAGAUGUAUGGAAAAAAAGUUGCUUUUCUAUAUAGAAUAUUACCUCAUUUCACACAACAAAGUAUUGUCCUUUGCUUUGAUCAUAAUAAUAAUAAUAAUGCGAUUUCCUCUUUACCACUAUUAAAAGAUAUCAACAGUGACAUAAAGUGGGUACCUUUCGAGCUUAAAGAAAAGUAUUAUUGGAUAGCUCUUCUUUUUGCAACGGAAACUGUUAUUAUCAGAAAUACUAAACAGUUCAGUGGUUAUUUGUGUUCACACAUAAGGCAAUUAGAAAAAGUGGGUUACACACCAAUAGUAAUACCCUACUUUGAAUGGACAACUUUAGGUAAGAACAAAGAAAGGCAGGAAUACUUAAUGGAGAAAAUAUUGAGUACUAUUAAUUUAAAAAGAAAAACUAAUUGACACUUGGUGCCUUUACUAUUUACCAUAGAAACAAUCGCCUGCGACAAACGGACGAACGUCAAAAUUGCACUACAAAGUUUUUUUGGCCCUUAUAACUCUUAAAUUAAUAAAUAACUUGAAAGCA